AUGCAGCAGGAUGCUGCCCGGCAGACAGAAUUCGCCAGAGAACAAGCCACAGUUAUGAGUGAGCAAGCGGAGUUAAUUGGGAGAUUGCAACAGCAAACUGCGGCGUCACCUUCACAGCAGGUCCCUCCUCCAUUAAGGGUUCCAAUACCCAAAGAGACGCCAAAUGCCCGGAAUGUCCAAGAAGACACGGACAUCCCGACAGGGUCGGCUCCACCCCUGAUUCCGCCUCAACAAUCCAAGGCACCCACUCCCAUCAAUCUAUCGAAUUCUCCCUUUGAGUCCGAGCCAGAACAGAAGAGAUUCGAAGAUUCUGAGAGGAUCAGGAAAGCAAAAGGCCACCUGGGGCUCGAAACUGCCGCAAAUACGGAAAUGGAAAAUGCUGCAAGCAUAGGGAUAAAAGGGACCGCAAGUAUCGGGACAGUUGUGACAGAACCAGACAGAUGCCUGUCAGCUGCAGAUGACUUAGAAGACCUUCCUGGUGCUAACCCUGAGAAUAUGGCUGGGGAAUCGCUCACACAACUUGUCAGGAGGAAGAACGCCGAAAGGAUGGCCGCCCGGAGGAGAGCCAAGGCUGUCCGAUUGGAAACUCCACCCACCGCCGUUGCUGAGUCCUCUUUGCUUGUUAUUGCGGAAGAAACAGCUCAGACUAAAAUGGCCGAGACAGAGCAGGUAGAACAAGGGGAUCAAGAGGCUGAGCAAAGGGUGAAAAAGCAUCCCGCCGAGCGAGAAGCCGUCCCUAAUAAGGACCAAACUGAUAAACGGCCGCGCAUUGAGGACUCGGACUUGACCGAUUUCGAGGCAUCGAAAGCGGCGGAGGAACUUGCAAGAGCCGACUCCAAGGCUGAGAGCGCGAGGAAUUCUGACCAACUCAGGUUGGCCAUCGAAGAGAGGGCAAAAGCGAGUGAAGACGCGCUCAAGUUAGCCAAAGAGGUGAUCGCCAAGCUGGAAGCAAAUUUGGAAGAGUCGAGGAAGGCAAAGGAAAUAGCUGACUCUGAGAUUUCCAAAGUGUUCCAAGCUGGGAAGGACGCCGCCUUGGAAAACUACGUGGAAGAAGUGCCCAAGUUCGAGAAUCGGGGCUUCAAACACAGCUGGCUCAAAGCCCUUACUGCCGCGAAUAUGACAUUGGCGCAAUUGAUUCCAUACGAGCAGGUGGACGUUGAGCCGCUGGAGUCUAACCCUGAAGAUUGA